AUGCAGGUAGGUGUUGUUUUGAAUCAGCCACUCUCUUCUUGGGAGAACCUCCUGUAAUGAUUCACUGGUUCAGUAAUCACCAAGAUUGGGGUUUGGCUUAAUAUUAGCUUCAUUUACGUUCAUUUAUAUCAUUAUUUUUUAUUCACUUUCAUCUACCUUAUUUAAAAACUAAGUCUUUUCACUUUAUUUGGCUCCACCUAAUCCUAUGUUCAGUCACUGUGAUCUUCAUUCUGCAUUAUUUUAUUAUUUUAACCUUCAUCAGCCUUUAUUUCAUUUCAUUCCCUUUUAUUUAUUUUGACUCCAUCUACAUUUCAUAUUCAUUUAUCGUUAUCACAGCACCCCUUUCCUCACACUGUUAUCUUUAUCUGGCCUUCUAUAACUCCCUGGAAACUUAACUUCAUCUUUGUAAACCUCCAUUCAUUGUUGUCUAUGUUUAGUGACUUCAUGUAUUUUCAUGUGUAUUGACACAACUUAAUUAUCCAGAUAUCACUGUUCUGUGUCCUUAACAUUGUUUAUUCCUUCAUCUGUAUUCACUUAUUUUCAUAUUGUUUAGUCAAAUGGUCUGCCUCGAUGUCAAUCUCUUUAGCUCUAUCUACCUUCAUUAACAGUUCCCCUAAAAAAUAAGACAUCCACCUCUCACAUUAUUUUGGUUCUUGAGAGAUGAAAGUGGCAUCUUGAGAAAAAGUCUCGCCAUCGAGGGAGUUUUACCUUGUUUUGAUUGCAAUCUUUUCAAUAUAUUAAAUAUAUUGAAAGGAUUACAAUGACUGUUUGUAACAGUAUUGUUCUUAAUACCCUCCAUGAUUUCAGGGACAAAGGUGAUAACACGCGCACAACAUGCUUCCACUUACAAACAAAAGAAAUUGACUUUAACAGCUUACAAAGCACGCUAGAGCACACUUUAAUGAGCCUAUACUUGUAUGCUUUUGUCUCACACAACAUACUAAAAACAAUGAAGUGUGCAUCAUAGAACAAUGAAGUGUGAGCAGGCUAACACAGAAAGCGUGUUAACCUUUGAUAACAAAAGCUAGACACCAUGGUCUUGAAAGUGUGCAACUUAGUGUGCUACAUUGCAUGCAAACUUACUGGAUGAGAAGCGAAAGUAAUGCAAUCAUCGUACUGUCAUUCUUAAUGUGAAAGCCAAAGCUCCUAUUGGUAGAUAAUGGUCAUCUUCAUGAUCAGAAAAACAAAUCUGAAACAUUUCCUACAGAAAAAUGUACAAACGAGUCAAGGAUUUAAAUCAGACUCUUUGAAUUUUUGGUUUAUGUGGAGCCUGUUUUUUUCCAAAUAUCACAAACGUAUUUCUUUUAGUUUUCUUUUUGAGCACCUUCAAGUUCAAGGUUGAAAUAAUACUGAACAAAUCUCCUUGACCACAUAACACAAGCUAACAAAAUGCAGAUUGAGAAGAAAAAUAGUUUUCUUUUUUUUUCUCGCCAAUAUAAUAACUUACAUACUGUCACGCAAUCUCCAUUCCAAGGUCAUCUUUCCCCAGCAUCUUCCACAGAAUUUCAGGAAACAUGUUUUUGUUCUUGAAAUGAGCCAAAAACAUGAUAUAUAUUUACAAAAGUGGCAGGUUGAAAUCCUGACAUCAUUACUUGUUUCGAAGCCUUUACAGCAGUGUUUUAACUUAAGCGCAUGAUGUUGCAAUGGUUAAAAAUAGAAAAAUACGACAUUGUUCAUCUCAGCUACAAAGUAAGUACAGGUUAGACAAAUCACUGUUUUACAACCGAACGAGCUACAGCCCAAUGCUCCGUGUAAAAAGUUGUAACGUAAAGCACAAUUCUGAAAGAGGCUUUCACUAUUUUGCAAGUGUAAACAGUAACUAGAGUACAAAAUGUAAUAGAAAAGAUCUUUAUGCUACAUGUACCUGUAGUUAUUCAAGCCUUAAAAAUGUUGGUUAUGUUUCUCUGUACACCUUUCACAAAUUGUUCUAUAGACAGCCCAGGGGGGUACUCGAGAUUUCAAGUGACGGGGAUGAUUGAAUGGAGCCAAAAGUUAAGACCCCCAAAAAUCCCUAGGGCUUCCAGGAAAACCCAAAAGAAUCCCUAUUAAACAACAGCAAAACAUGUUUGUUUGUACUUUACUCGCAACACUUCGCAGCCAGGGCACUACGGAUUCUUUUUAAUACCCCCAAAAAAUCCCUACAAAAUACUUGCCAAAUUUUCGUACCCAAAAAAAUCCCGGAAUCGAAAAUUUCAAACCCAAAAAAAUCCUUCGAUUUUCCCCGUCACUUGAAAUCCCGAGUAACCCCCCUGGGAUAGACAGUGACUGGGCUUUAGAAAUCACUUUGCAUAGCUCAUCAGCCAGACAGGCUCCACCCCGUGCAGAUUCACCUGAUCACCGAAGUGUCUGUAAUAAAGAGGUUAAGUUUAUCUGAAUUUACUCUCUGGGGCUGAGAUUUAGUGUCUGUUGUCCGUACUAGAGAGAGUCCGUAUUAUAGAGGUUUUCUUUAAAGAAAAUAUGAGAAUUUUGUGGAGACAUUGGAAACUGUCCGUAUUAGAGAGAUGUCUGUACCGAGAGGUUCGACUGCACCUUAGAAAUUGGUAAUUCGUCAAAAUUGCAAAAUUUAAGUUGCGCGAAAAUAAGUGAUAAUAAGGUAGUCUGCAGUCUGUAGUUUGUACUGACCGAAAACUCUAACUUUGGUUGUUCCAGACCAAUGCAAGUAAAAUUUACAUGUCACACGUAAUAAGCAAGAGGUUUCAAAUUAUUUGAAACCUCUUGCUUUUACACACAUCAAAAGUUUUUUUUAAAUUCAUACAACAGUAACCUAACCUUUUCUUAAGGCAGCUAAAAGCAAGGGGAAACAGUCAUGAUUUUAAUGCUGAAGGUUUUUUAAGACAAAUUCAUUUGAUUUCAUUUUUAUACAAGAAACUUAAUGGAAUUAGUCAGAGAAGCCAAUUUCAAGUACUUGCUUGUGUACUUUUCUUCUGCGGAAAUUUUUUGCCUACAGCCGGCAAUCAACAGUUUUACCUUCACUGCAAAAGCACAGAAUGAGCAGGAAAUUUUGUUGAUUGUUCACUGGAAGUUGGCAUAGAGGCUAUCCAAUAAAAGAUUCGAUUUGUACAAGAGUUAUAUUUUUUAAGGUACGUUUUGUUUUACUUUAGCAUGUUAUUCUGUGUCAACUUGCACACUAAGUGUGUCAUCCAUCACACUUGACUAUAAAAAACAAAAGGAUAGCGUGCUAACUACACCAAAACAAAACAUUGCAUGUCCUUGAUUGUUUCAGUAAUUAAUUAUGAACAUAAAGUGUGUUGUGAGCAUGUCAUCACCUUAUCAAAUCAUUAUGGAGGGUCGCAUAUGUGUUCCCAGGUACGGGAACAAAUAUCACUAGAGAUUUGUGUUUCCCUGGUUGGAGAAACACAUUUCACUAGGGAUAUGUGUUUCAUGAAUAGCAGAACACACAUCACUUGGGAUAUUUGCUUCCUGGGUAGGGAAACACAUGUCACUGGGGAUAUGUGUUUCCUAGGUAGGGGAACACAUAUCACUAGGGAUAUGUGUUUCCUGGGUAGGAAUUGUGUCAUUGUGUCAUGAUUUUAUAUCACUUUGAACAUGAAAGACUGAAAACGCAUUAUGUCUGUGAACAGCAUAUAUAUCACUAGUGAAAUGUGUUUCCUGUGUGGGGGAACACAUAUCACUAGGGAUUUUUUGUUUCCUGUGUAGGAGAACACAUAUCACAAGGGAUAUGUGUUUCCUGUGUAGGGAAACACAUAUCACUAGGGAUAUGUGUUUCUUGGGUAGGGGAAGACAUUUAUCACUAGGGAUAUAUGUUUCCUGUAUAGGGGAACGCAUAUCACUAGGGAUAUAUGUUCCAAUACCCAUGAAACCCAUAUCACCAUGGAUAUGUGUCCUUGGCAGGGGAACACAUAUCAAUCCCUAGAGAUAAAAUUAAUGUUUCCUGGGUAGGGGAACACAUAUCACUAGGGAUUUUUGUUUGCUGGGUAGGGGAACACAUAUCACUAGGUAUUUGUGUUUCCUGUGUAGGGGAACACAUAUUAGGGAUAGGUGUUUCCUCUGUAGGAGAACAUGUACCACUAGGAAUAUGUGUUCCUGGGUAGGGGACACAUAUCACUAGGGAUAUGUGUUUCUUGGGUAAGGGAAACACAUUUCACUGUGGAUAUGUGUUUCCUGGGUAGGGGAACACAUAUCGCUAGGGAUAUGUGUUUUCUUCUAGGGGAACAGAUAUCUCUAGGGAUAUAUGUUUCCUGGUUAGGAGAACACAUAUUACUAGUGAUAAGUGUUCCCCUACCCAUGAAACACAUAUCACUAGUGAGAUAUGUUUCCUGUGUAGGGAAACACAUCUCUCUAGGAAUUUGUGUUUCCUGUGAAGCUAAACACAUUACUAGGGAUUUGUGUUGCCUGGGUAGGGGGAACACAUAUCACUGGUAGGGGAACACAUAUCACUAGGGAUUUGUGUUUCCAGGGUAGGGCAACACAUGUCAUUGGGGAUAUGUGUUUCCUGGUAGGGGAACACAUAUCACUAAGAAUAUGUGUUUCCUGGUAGGGGAACACAUGUCACUAGGGAUAUGUGUUUCCUGGUAGGGGAACACAUGUCACUAGGAAUAUGUGUUUCCUGUGUAGAGGAUCACAUAUCACUAGGAAUUUGUGUUUCCUGGUGUAUGUGUUUCUUGAUAUUUGUUUCCUGGGUAGGGAAACACAUGUCACUAGGGAUAUGUGUUUUCUUGUAGGGGAACACAUAUCACUAGGGAUAUGUGUUUCCUGUGUAUUAGAACAAAUAUCACUCGGGAUAUGUGUUCCCUACCCAUGAAACACAUAUCACAAGGAAUAUGUGUCCUAGGUUGCGGAAGACACAUCACUGGGGAUAUGAGUUUCCUGAGUAGGGGAACACUUAUCAAUAGGUAUACCGGGAUGCGUUUUCUGGGAAGUUGAAACACAUUUCACUAUGGAUAUGGGAUAUGUGUUUCCUGGGUAGGGGGAACACAUUUCACUGUGGAUAUGUGUUUCCUAUGUAGGUGAACACAUAUCACUAGGGAUAUAUGGGUGUUUACUGGGUAGGGGAACACAAAUCAAUCACUAGGGAUUUGUGUUUCCUUCUUAGUGGAACACCAUCACUAAAGAUAUAAUUAUGUUUCCUGUGUAGGGAAACACAUAUCACUGGGGAUAUAUGUUCCAAUAUCCAUGAAACACACAUCACUAUGGAUACGUUUCCUGGAAAGGGGAACACAUAUCACUAGAGAUAUGUGUUUCCUUGGUAGGGGAACACAUAUCACUAGGAAUUUGUGUUUCCUGUGUAGGGGAACACAUAACACUAGGAAUUUGUGUUUCCUGGUAGGGGAACACAUAUUACUAGGGUUAUGUGUUUCCUGUGUAGGGGAACACAUAUCACUAGGGAUAUGUGUUUCCUGUGCAGGGGAACACAUAUCACUAGGGAGUUGUGUUUUUUGGGUAGGGGAACACAUAUCACUAGGGAUAUGAUAUGUGUUUCCUGUGCAGGGGAACACAUAUCACUAGGGAUUUGUGUUUCCUGGAGGGGGAACACAUAUCACAAGGGAUAUGUGUUUCCUGUCUAGGGGAACACAUAUCACUAGGGAUUUGUGUUUUUAUGGGUAGGGGAACACAUAUCAAGAGGGAUAUGUGUUUCCUGUAUAGGGGAACAUAUCACUAGCAAUAUGUGCUUCCUUUGUAGAGGAACACAUAUCACUAGUUACUUGUGUUCCGUGGGUAGGGGAACACAUAUCACUAGGGGUAUGUGUUUCCUGUGUAGGGGAACACAUAUUACUAGGGAUAUACGUUUCCUGUGUAGGGGAACAAAUACUACUUGGGAUAUGUGUUUCCUCUGUGGGGUAACACAUAUCGCUAGUGAUAAUGUGUUUCCCCAGUAGGGGAACACAUUUUACUAGGGAUUUGGGUUUCCUGAGGAGGGGAACACAUAUCCCUAGUGAUAUGUGUUUCCUGGGUAGGGGAACACAUAUCACAUGUUAUAUUGAUUGUAAAGUAAGUAAUCACUUGAACCUCAACAAGGUAUCUGUUUAUUUAAGGGGAAUUUUGCAAAUAAAAGCAACUACAUUUGAUUAAUUGGCACACUAGUAACUUACUUUUGAGUUGUACUGAAUGUUUGGUCACCUUCAUUACCUUCAGUGUUCAUUAACUAUCAUUGGUUAAAGUAAUUUUCAUGCAUAUACCUGUUUCUUCCUUUAUCUGCCUUGUAUUCCUUUUUGUGCCAUAAUCUUCAUGAGGUACAUGUAAUAUCCAUCGUAUAUCUAGAUCUCUCUUCUAGUGCCUGUCUCACUAGCCUAUGAAUGCAGCCGUCUCUCCUGGCCUCUCACAGCCGCAAAAUUCCAUACUGAUGACAGAUUUGUCAGAAUCUUGUCAUUGAGCGCUGUUUGAUUAAUGUAGUAACUUUUUUUGUUUAGCCGUUGUUUACUUAUGACAGACAAAAGGUCACAAGAUAAUAUCCAAAAAUAGACCAGGAGAAACAUUACCCUGCCAUGCAGACAUUGGUCCUUUCUUCUCUCCACCCAAAAAGUACUGGUAAUGUUUGCAAACACGAGCCGCAAUACAAUUUUGUUGUUGACCAAUCGGAAUAGAGGAUGAAAGUAAGUGUAAAGCUUUAGUGACUCCUCGCGAGCUGGCGUGUCUUGGAUUUUGACAAGAUUUUUCAAGUAACCUUUAGAACAUAAAUUUCAAGUUUAUUACAAGAUUUCUUGGUUGUAAAGCUAUGGUUUUGCCAAAUAAAAGUAACAGUGUGUGACACAAACAUAAAAUUAUCAUUGCUAUGACAUUGCACUCUGACUCACACUUAUGCAACUUUGUCCAAAGCUGACAAAAAGUUGUGAAUUGGUAGUACAGGCACAUCCUCGACUCGCGAGUCAAAAUGUACAUUGACUCUUUAAAAAUUUAACAUCUUACAAGCAUCACCUUGUAAACCUGGUCUGGACCCAGCAUGAAAAAAAAAUUUAAAAGAGUAAAUUGAUUGUGGUUAAAAUAACAUUAAUUUUUAGCUCAUGGGAAGAAAAUAAUAAUAUAUCGAAGAAUCCUCCAAAGCAUACUUUUCAGCAAAGAAAACAUUAAGGAACAACAAACAUGAGGUGUCUACCAUCAUUAGAACAUUUAUCAUUGCAAACGUGGUCAAAACAGCUUAGUGUGAUACAUCAUUGACUCCCUAGGAAAGUAGAUAAAAAUGUUCCUCUAAUCUUCUUUGAUAUGAAUCUGCUGGGUGCCUUUUUCAUCAAUCAGUUCCAUAAUCUUGGGAAAUUUACCUUUUUAAACGUGGCAUCCAGUUGUUUCAACUUGUAAACAUAUCCAUUGUGCGGCAAUCUUGUGAGAAUUCUCGCGAGUUAGUUCUUGGUUUCCAAGAGUUAAACUGUGAUUGGCUAAUAAUGUCCUAUGUCACAAUAAUUGAUUUGUGGCCCUAAGUUGCAGAUGUUACUUUUAGGGUGGAGAGAAGUGACAAUGGAAAAUAUGUCUGUUUGCAGGCUAGAGAAACAUAAUAUUCAAACAAAUUUAUCUGGAGCCCAUGACUACCAGAUUGAUUAUGUGAACAUUGAUUCAUGUCAUCAGCGUGGAAUUUUGGGGGCUAAAUAACUGACGUCUCCCCUGUGAAACGUCCCAAGCAGGGAGCAGAGAUGCCUGUACUUGCAGCCCACAGACUUUUAUCCUUUCAUUUCGAUACUGGCCAAAAUUAAAAUUCAUUUUGGAAAAUCCUCAGAAGUACCUAAUAAUUACUAAAAGUAGGUUGAGUUUGAUCGUUCGGGUGAAUGUAGUCCUGAAUAGUACUGUUGCUGUUGACAGUGACUGAUGUUUCGACAACCUGUGCAGUAGUCAUCUUCAGAGUCAAAGUGAGUUGUAUCACGUCAGUUUAUGGUAUUAUACUCUGGUUUUUGAUCUGAUUGGUCAAUUACGUCGCGAUGUUAUUGGUCGUCUGUCAGUUAAGCCGUGAUGUUAUUGGCUAUGAAGACUCGUAAUCAGUAAUUGGUGCAUUUCGAUCCGUCUAUUGUCACAGUUAAACAGUCGUCUUUGACUCUGAAGAUGACUUCAUGAUGAGUUCACCCGGACAAUCAAACUCAACCUACUUUUGAAAUGAGUCCUGGGUUCAAACCUUUCACAUAAUUACUGUUCAAAUGUUCAGCCAGUGAGGAUUCAUCUGUCAACAGAUUUAAAAGUUAGAAUCAUGAGAAUUAUGUUUUUCACAAUGUGGUUUAGGAGUUAUGGGUUAAGUUACCUUAGUUACAAAAUGUUUUUUCUGUUAUACUUACAGGCACAUAAAGAGCCACAUGAUGUUCAAAACCGGAAUUUCUGGGAUUUCCUUGGACCAGGACAGCAAGCUAAUAAUUUUUAUUUCAGUUCAGGUAUAUAAUUUUAUUUUCAGGCAUUUCCCAUUGCAAACAUUUUUGUGAAUAAGAAAUGUCUAAGACCAAGAUGAAAUAUGAUCAUAAUAGUUGAAUUAACAAUAUUUUUUUNCGUGGCAUCCAGUUGUUUCAACUUGUAAACAUAUCCAUUGUGCGGCAAUCUUGUGAGAAUUCUCGCGAGUUAGUUCUUGGUUUCCAAGAGUUAAACUGUGAUUGGCUAAUAAUGUCCUAUGUCACAAUAAUUGAUUUGUGGCCCUAAGUUGCAGAUGUUACUUUUAGGGUGGAGAGAAGUGACAAUGGAAAAUAUGUCUGUUUGCAGGCUAGAGAAACAUAAUAUUCAAACAAAUUUAUCUGGAGCCCAUGACUACCAGAUUGAUUAUGUGAACAUUGAUUCAUGUCAUCAGCGUGGAAUUUUGGGGGCUAAAUAACUGACGUCUCCCCUGUGAAACGUCCCAAGCAGGGAGCAGAGAUGCCUGUACUUGCAGCCCACAGACUUUUAUCCUUUCAUUUCGAUACUGGCCAAAAUUAAAAUUCAUUUUGGAAAAUCCUCAGAAGUACCUAAUAAUUACUAAAAGUAGGUUGAGUUUGAUCGUUCGGGUGAAUGUAGUCCUGAAUAGUACUGUUGCUGUUGACAGUGACUGAUGUUUCGACAACCUGUGCAGUAGUCAUCUUCAGAGUCAAAGUGAGUUGUAUCACGUCAGUUUAUGGUAUUAUACUCUGGUUUUUGAUCUGAUUGGUCAAUUACGUCGCGAUGUUAUUGGUCGUCUGUCAGUUAAGCCGUGAUGUUAUUGGCUAUGAAGACUCGUAAUCAGUAAUUGGUGCAUUUCGAUCCGUCUAUUGUCACAGUUAAACAGUCGUCUUUGACUCUGAAGAUGACUUCAUGAUGAGUUCACCCGGACAAUCAAACUCAACCUACUUUUGAAAUGAGUCCUGGGUUCAAACCUUUCACAUAAUUACUGUUCAAAUGUUCAGCCAGUGAGGAUUCAUCUGUCAACAGAUUUAAAAGUUAGAAUCAUGAGAAUUAUGUUUUUCACAAUGUGGUUUAGGAGUUAUGGGUUAAGUUACCUUAGUUACAAAAUGUUUUUUCUGUUAUACUUACAGGCACAUAAAGAGCCACAUGAUGUUCAAAACCGGAAUUUCUGGGAUUUCCUUGGACCAGGACAGCAAGCUAAUAAUUUUUAUUUCAGUUCAGGUAUAUAAUUUUAUUUUCAGGCAUUUCCCAUUGCAAACAUUUUUGUGAAUAAGAAAUGUCUAAGACCAAGAUGAAAUAUGAUCAUAAUAGUUGAAUUAACAAUAUUUUUUUCAAUUUUUUAAAAGAAAAAAGCCUGUUGAAUUGUUAGUGGUGUGAAAGAAAGGAAUUCCUUGCCCCUCUAGUUUUCUCUUCUAAAUUUAGUGCCUGUCCCACAGGCUUUCUCUAAUACAGGCUUAAGAUAAAGGCCAAAAAUUUCUUUUUUGUAAAAUUUGUCAGAAGUAAACCAUUUUUACUUUUGAGGAUUUUACAAAAAUAAUUUAUGGGGGAGUAUUUCCCUUGGCAUAUAUUGGGAAUUUGAUUACUAUUCAAAAGUUUUGCGAAGGAGUUUUCAUUUGGCUAGUAGCAUCAAAGGAUUUUUUUUACCGAUUUAAAGUUAGAAUGAAGAAUUUUUUUUCAUAACAUGGUCCAGGUAUUAAGAGUAUUUUUAAAGUUACUCUCAUUACAAAUGUAUUUUUUUCAUACUUAUAGAGGCACACAAAAGGCCCCUUGGAAGUUGCAAGUUACAAGUUCUUGGGUUUCUUUGGACUCGGACAGCAAGCUGAUGAUUUUUAUUAAACUUCAGGUUAGUAUUGUUUAUAACCUACACAGUACAUACAGCUGUACCUACUCAGCAGCUGUAUAUAAACAGUCAAACUAAUCAUGAUUUAUUAUUUUAUUAUUAUUAAAUUAAAUUCACUUUUAUUUAAAAUGAACUCAGGGUUUGGAACUAUGCAAUGCAUUUCACAUUUUCAUAGGUGCAAUGAAUAACUCCAUGUUCAGGAAUUUGUACUGCAAAGAAAUUAAUUUUUGUCACACAAAGAGGCCAGAAAUGAAAGAUGAUUACCUUUCCGAGGUUUUUUUCUUUGGUCACCGGAUCACUUAAUUUUCUUUUUAAUUUUUGAAAGAAAAAAUAAGCUUGAUGAAUUUAUUAAUUGUUGUGAAUGAAAGUGUUGGCACUUCGUCUACAUUUAAGGCUUUUUUGAAUGUACAUACACUGUUAUAUUUUUCUUUGAUGAUUUUUUCUGUGCAAACAAAGCACCACCAACAAUGUUCUUGGAGAUAAUGCAACCAAAGUGCUGUAGUACCCAAGACUAAUAUAAAGAGCAUUUAACACUAAACAUUCAGCAGGGAAAAAUUAACACCAUCACCUGAUGAAGAUCAACAGUACAUAGUCAAAAAAUCGUUAUGAACAGAGAAAAAAGAUUUACCAUUUUGGGACAAAAAUGAUAAGCAGGACCCUUCUGCUAUGAAUCCUUCAUCAUAUUGAUUAAGAGUGUUGACUGGGAAAACUUAAAUAUCUUCAACCCUUGAACGUCUCACUGCAUAUUGUUCACUUUUUGCAUAAAGAAAUAUUGUUGAACAAUGUUGUUUUAAAGAUAGAAGUGUAGAAGUCUUUAGAGGGACUUUUUGCGAUAUUUUUUAUACUGUUUAACUUGCAUACAUGUAGAACGUUAAUGCCAGCAGCACUCAUACUUGAUUAUGUCAUAUGUUUGCAUUGCUUGGUGAUUAGGCAAUUGCUCACCCACUCAUGAUACCAAACAGAAACAUUUGACUCUUGCAAGGUUGUAGAAAGCUGUUAAACAGUCCAGGAAAACAUUCUUCAUACGGAAUAAUUUGGGAGGUGAAGCUUGAGAUCUAAUAAUAAUAAUAAAUUAUUAUAUCAUACUUUGUGUAAUGUGUUUUGCAAUUAUUACUAAUUUUCAUUUUCCUUGUUUGGCACACACCAAAAUCAUUGUAAUGAUAAGAAAUCGGAUUUUGCUAUUGCUCUGUCAUCUCAGGGACUGCAAUUCAGGGUAUAAGUCAGAUGUGCAAUUUUAUCCAAGCUGUAAGGAAUUUCCAAGAACUUACAAGAAUUCUAAAAAAAAAACUGAAAGAAGAAAAACUACUCUAUAUAUUUCUGCUGAAAGCACUGAACAGUGGGUAUAACACCGUCUCUAUCUAUAGUACUGCAUUUAAAUGUGGUGCAUUGAAAGUAUUCAUACAUGUAUACUUAUAUUUGAGGAUUCUUAGGAUUUUUCCUGUCAAAAUUCAUUUGUUGUUAUCAUUAAAUUCUGAAGAGGCUCAAAAUCUACAAGUUAUUCUUAAGGUUUAGAGACAAGCUUAAUGUAUAAACAAUUAUUGCCUAUAAUAUUGUUCAAACUCUGAACAAAAAUAAUUCUUGGUAGUUCCACACUCCUCGGGUUGCAACAUAAGCAAAUACCUCACUAUUUUCAUGGCAGAAUAGUUUUUGGUCAGAUUAAUAAUUGUAUUGCAAAAGUUUUACUGACCUUGUUGUUGAGUCAGAAUGUGAGGCGGACCUGAAGAUGUGCGCAUAAGACUUAAUUUGGCAUUAGGAAUUAUAGUAAUUAGUUAUUUUGGGUCUGUUGUCUGCGUGUAAUGUUGUUGCAAUAACUGUUGACCAUAGAGGAAAGAGGAAUACAUGCACACAUGUUACGGGUUGCAGACCUUGAAGCAUUAGUAGGUAAAAAAUGCACAAAGGCGAUUACAAAACGAUUAUAGAUCAGGGAUAAUUAUAAAGUUUGUUGUAAACUACUAGAAAUGGAGAAUGGAUUGUUGAAACAAAGCAUGCUAUUGGGCUUUUACUAUUGCAGAUAGCCUGUGUGGCUGACGUUUUUUGUUUUUUGAUUUUUCUUUUAUGGUUCAUAAAGUAAGAGAUACAUUUGCGUGGAAACUGAACGGAGGUCAAAACAAAAAAUUAUGGGGGAGGGGGCGAGGGAAGAAGGCAAUGAGAACGAUCAUCUGCAAUCAAUCCCUUGAGAUUUAUGAAAGGCCCCUUCCAGUCUUGCGAAAGGAGGAGUUGGCUUACCUGUGAUGUGACAUGCUUUAAAGUAUGACAUCAGCCAUCACACAAUGUAAAACAAACUGUCGUUCCAAACAGUUUGAUGUUAUCUCUGUUGAAUUUUUUUUAAUUACUGCCUUCUGCUUAUUAUUAAGGGAAAAAAUUUUUUUUAUUAGAAUUGGAUCAUAUUAUUGGACUCAAAGUUCAACUUUCAGAUCAAAAGAUUGAAUCUUUUUAAUAGAAGUCUUAUUUGGGUAAUGUGUGUUGAUCCCUGACACACCGUAAGACAAAUUAAAGGCAAAAGUUCUCAUGCAAAGUGACUGAUGGUUUCAGUUGAUUUUGCCAAAGAAAUGUGCAAGAUGUUUUUUUCUCCUUUCCAAGAAUAUUUCUUGUGCAGAAACAGCAUGCUUGCUUUUAAGAACUAGUCUUUUUAAAUUCCUUGGAGUUUUAGAACUGCAGAACUUUUUGGCGUCUAAAAAUUCUUGCAAUGAAUAUUUUGUUGAGCAAACACAAAUCUCACUUGCAACGUGACUUUCAACUUGAGUUGUUUUCUCAUCUUUCUGAAAUCUUUUUGAUUCAGAAACAGCAGGCCUGCUUUGAAAAAUUAUUCUUUAGAGUUUUAGAAUACAUAACUUCUUCUUGUCUAAAAUACUGGCAAUGAAGAUUUUCUUGAGCAAACACAAAUCAAGUCAAAUACUGAAAGCUGCAAUGCGACCAACGGUAUUUCUUUGAAUUUUGUAUCCACUGGGAAUCUGACAUCUGCACACAGGUUAACUUUUACAUUCUGUCAACUAAUCAGGAAUGCCUGCUGGCGGACAGAGUUUCAAAAAUCUCAAGAGGUUGAUUGUAGGUGGUUGUUCUCAAUGCCUUCGCCCCUUGUCCCCUCCCCCACCGUCUUAACUUUUGCACGGUUGUAUCCCUUACAUUACAAACCAUAAAAGAAAAAACACACCAAAAAAACUGCCAACUAUGCAGGCUAUAUUGCAGGCAGCUAGAUUGGAGCAACUGCAGAUAGAAUUUUUCGCUUUUUAGUUGGAUUCUUUAAAGUUUUUGUCAAGUAUUUUGUUUGUAAGUGAUGCACCACCCAGUCGUAUGUAGUACCAAACAGACAGGACAAUAGUAUUUUUCAGGCCUAAGAUAGAUAUUUCAGGCCUAAGCCAAAACAGAUACUUUUUUAAACAUUAUUUUUUUUAGAUAUACAUGCCCUAAAAAGGAUACCUUUCAAUUAUAUUGAGUGUUUUUUAACUGUGCAUGAAUGAGAAGACACAGUUGAGGAAGAAGCAUAGAGACAGUGUGGAGCACAAGUUAAAGGAAAGAGAAAGAAAGAUAAUACCCUUAAGCAGUCAAAAACGAAUUCUGACCAAUCAGACUUGCCCACCAACAUUGACAGAUUGAACAUAACACUGAAUCAACCAACCAAAAUGCUGAUAUCAUUCAGGGCAUUUUUGUACUAAUCCUGAUUUAAGCUCACUGUCUGUUUAACAAAGAACUUGGGGACAAAAGAAGAUGUUGUUGGCAAAUGAAAAUCUUCUCUCUAAGAAGGAAGAAAUCAUAAAAACAGUUUACAUUUCAGAGAUGCUGAGUUUGAUGAGUGUUCCCAUAAAAGAAACCAAAACAAUAACCAGUGUAAUGCCAGUGAAAAUCAAGCUUUUUUAGUGGUUAUAUUCUGGAUUUUUUUUCCACAGUAAUACUAUGGCAGCCUCUAUUGAAUUGUUGUUAGGCUUAGUUGCUUAUUUGUCCGUUUUAAAUUUUUUGCAUGCCCGAAUAUACAGUAUGAGCAUGGGUGUUUUCUGGUUGCCAUAAUUAUGACCUGUUGGAAGUGAUAGAGCGAUUUUCGUAUGACCUUGAAAUGAAAACUUCGUGAACAAAACAGAAACAACAAACAAAUGGGAAUAGAGCGAUUUGAUUGGUUUAUCAAACAGAUACAAAUACAUGUGGCUUUUGGUUAGUUAAGCAGAUGUGCGGGUGAAAAAACUUCAUGCCUGAGAACUUUCUAUAAAUCAACCAAUAUUUCACUUUGACGUCAUACUACAACAUGAUUGGCCAAUCAAACAAUGCCUCCUCCACAUGAGGGUUUUCUUCUGUGGGAAAAUGAAGAGGCAAUGUUUUGAUCUUUUUAUCCAUUGGCUGAUAAAACAAAUACAUGUAACAAACACUUGCCAAAACUCAUUUGGUAAGGUCAUGCGAUAAUCGCUCUAUUCAUUUUCUCCCAUGUUUGUGUUACGUUCUGUGUGUAUGUUAUUCACACUUCAUGCUUGAUAUGUCUCCUGCUCUUGAGCGAAUAACACCUGUUAUGCAGGCUAUGCAGAAUAAGUCCUGAUGUUAAGCCCAGUUAGCACCAAUGUGACCGAUUUCAACUGUUUGGUACUUUAUGUAGAACUGUGCAUAACCUUUUCAGUAUGUGAACCAAAGUGUAGGACUAUUACACUGAAAAAGUAACAUGAUCAUGUUGAUCAAUCAAAUCUGAACUGUGAAUCUUCCUUCUUAAAACCAUUCACAAUUAUUUUUGACAAGUGUGUGUGCUAAGACAGUUAGAAUAUAUCAGAGUACUAUUUGCCUGAAACCUGUCCAUAAAAAUGAUGAGAGAUUGAAAGUGAAAUCUGAGUGAAUUAGCUAUCGUGUUCAUUAAUUCGUUUCUUUUUAACACACUUCACGGGUAAAAUUCGCAUUCAAUCUUCCCUUCUAUAAUGUAUAAAAAAAUUUAACUACCCUGGGAGAACAAACAUUGCCACACUUCCCAGAAAAGCUCUUAAUAACAGUUUUAAGUGCAGCAAUCUGUUGAUUAAACAAAUACAGCAAAGCCUAAAUGAACAAUUUAGCAAAAAUAUCGAAUUUAUUUUCCUUUAGCUCCAGGAAUGGACUCAAAUAUUCUGCUAGAAAAAUUGUGGCCUUCUACAUGAAACAGGAUUUCUCUACUUUAAGUUUUUCACAUCCCACCUUAUUGAUGGUCAAGAAUAUAGCACAACACCAUUUAGAAGACUUUGAGUCAUAGUCCCAGCAAGGUACAAACACUACACUGUUAACCUCCCCUUUUUAGACACCGUUAUUUAGCAGACAUUAAGUAAUAGUCCCAGCAAGAUGCAAACACUACAUUGUUAGCCUCCCCUUUUGUAGCCACCACCCUUUAGCAGACACUAAGUAAUGGUCACAGUAAGAUAUAAAAACUGCAUUGUUAACCUCCCCUUUUUAGACACAGUCAUUUAGCAAACAGUAGACCAUAGACCCAGCAAGAUGAAAACGCUACAUUGUUAACCUCCCCUUUUCAGACACCACCCUUUAGCAUUUAACCUCCCCCCUUUAGACACCACCCUUUAGCAGACACUAAGUCAUAGUCCCAGGAAGAUGCAAACACUAUGUUUGUAACCUUCCCUUUCUAGACACCACCAUUUUAGCAGACACUAAGUCAUGGUCCCAGCAAGAUGCAAACACUACAUUGUUAACCUCCCCUUUUUAGACACCACCCUUUAGUAGACACUAAGUCAUAGUCCCAGCAAGAUGAAAACACUACAUUGUUAACCUCCCCUUUUCAGACACCACCCUUUAGCAUUUAACCUCCCCCUUUUAGACACCACCCUUUAGCAGACACUAAGUCAUAGUCCCAAGAAGAUGCAAACACUAUGUCUGUAACCUUCCCUUUCUAGACACCACCAUUUAGCAGACAGUAAGUCAUAGUCCCAGUAAGAUACAAACACUGCUUUUUUAACCUUCCCUUUUUUUUACACCACCCUUUAGUAGACACUAAGUCAUAGUCCCAGCAAGAUGCAAAAACUGCAUUGUUAACCUUCCCUUUUUAGACACCACCCUUUACCAGACACUAAGUCAUAAUCCCAGCAAGAUAAAAACACUACAUUGUUAACCUUCCAUUUUUAGACACCACCAUUUAGGAGACACUAAGUCAUAGUCCCCAGCAAGACACAAACACUACAUUGUUAACCGUCCAUUUUUAGACACCACCAUUUAGUAGACAAUAAGACUUAUUAGUCAUAGUCCCAGCAAGAUACAAACACUACAUUGUUGACCUCCCCUCUUUAGAUACUACUAUUCAGGAGACACUAAGUCGUAGUCCCAGCAAAAUACAAACAAUUUAUUGUUAACCUUCCCUUUAAGACACCAUCAUUUAGUAGACACUACGUCAUAGUCCCAGCAAGAUAUAAACAAUUUAUUGUUGACCUCCCCUUUUUACACAACACCAUUUAGCAGGGUUGUCACAACGUUUUGAAGUAGACGGCUGAGUUGUCAAAGUAAGCAGCCAUUGAAAACGCCUCCUGUAAAGAAAUACCAAGCAGAGUAGCAGGCCGAUACUAACCAAGCAGGUGGCGAUUUUUGCCAGCUACUCUUGACAACCCUGAUUUAGCAGAUGCUAAGUCACAGUCCCAGCAAGAUACAAACACUACAUUGUUAGCCUUCCCUUUUUAGACACCACCCUUUAGCAGACACUAAGUCAGUCCCAGCAAGAUGCAAAUACUACAUUGUAAACCUUCCCUUUUUAGACACCACCUUUUAGCAGACACUAAGUCAGUCCCAGCAAGAUACAAACACUACAUUGUAAACCUUCCCCUUUUAGACACCACCAUUUAGCAGACACUAAGUCAUAGUCCCAGCAAGAUACAAACACUACAUUGUAAACCUUCCCCUUUUAGACACCAUCAUUUAGCAGACACUAAGUCAUAGUCAGUCCCUUUUUAGACACCACCAUUUAGCAGACACUAAGUCAUAGUCCCAGCAAGAUGCAAACACUACAUUGUUAGCCUUCCCAUUUUAGACAUCACCAUUUAGCAGACACUAAUUUAUUAUUCAUAGUCCCAGAAAGAUACAAACACUACAUUGUAAACCUUCCCCUUUUAGACACCACCAUUUAGCAGACACUAAGUCAUAGUCCCAGCAAGAUACAAACACUACAUUGUAAACCUUCCCCUUUUAGACACCACCAUUUAGCAGACACUAAGUCAUAGUCAGUCCCUUUUUAGACACCACCAUUUAGCAGACACUAAGUCAUAGUCCCAGCAAUAUACAAACACUACAUUGUUAGACUUCCCUUUUUAGACUCACUCUUUAGCAGACACUUAACACUUAUUAUUAGACACUUAUUAUUCUUUGAAAUCGAGGUGAAUAGUGGCAAAAUAUUUACCGAGCCACGAAGUGGCGAGGCAAAUAUUCCUAAGCCACUAUUCACCGAGAUUGAAAAGAAUAAUUGUUUUAGUAUAUACAAACGAAGUGAUGUCAACAAAAUCAGAGAGGAAACCAUUCAAAAGUACGAUUUGAUUGACAGAUCAGGUCAGUUAGACACGCGACCGUUUAAAAAUAGAUCUUUGUAGAAUUUUCAAACAUGGCAAUUCACAAGCUAAUCACUUCGCAAACAACAGCGUAAUGACUUAAAUGGAACCGCUAAAAGUUUGAAUUGUUUCCUUACCUGAGAAGAAAAGAAGAGCUUUGAUGUUUUCUGUUGACUUGCCAAGUUUAUAGCCGAAGAGGUUUGUUGUCUCAUUCUUUGCAUGAAGUGCGGACAAAAAUGGCGAUUCGGUUCCUCGAGGUAAGACGUCGUCUUCAUGUAGCAUUCUUUCUCGUGUUUACUUGAAACGUAGAAUUUCUGCAAACAUUUGCUUUCAAAUUUGUUUUUCGUGAAUAAACUUCGUUUUUGGGCCAAAUUUUUCUUGUUAGGAAACGCUGAGUUCACGAAACGGUCUCUUCUAGGCGAAUAAACGGGAGUGGUAAACAAUCCAUCGACCACAAAACUCAACAGUAAAUGGAAAACGCCGUUUUGAAUCCUUCGAAGUCUUUUUUUGCCUGAAAAAAAGUCAACCCUAAGAUUUUGUCGACUUUUAAAAGAUCUUUCUCUAAGAGAAUGGAAAAAAAAACCGAGCUCACACAUUAUCCACUCGCUAGGAGGUGAAUGUUGUCGAAUAGUCCGAGAUAGCGAACCAAUCAGAUUGCUUAAAUCACCAAGAUCACUGAGUGUGUAUAUACUAAUAAGUCAUAGUCCCAGCAAGAUACAAACACUACAUUGUUAGCCUUCCCUUUUUAGACACGACCCUUUAGCAGACACUAAGUCAUAGUUCCAACAAGAUGCAAACACUACAUUGUUAACCUUCCCUUUUUAGACACCACCCUUUAGCAGACACUAAUUCAUAGUCCCAGAAAGAUACAAACACUACAUUGUUAACCUUCCCUUUUUAGACACCACCCUUUAGCAGACACUAAGUCAUAGUUCCAACAAGAUGCAAACAAGACAGUCUUAACGUUCCCUUUUUAGACACCACCCUUUAGCAGACACUAACAAACACUACAUUGUAAACCUUCCCUUUUUAGACACCACCAUUUAGCAGACACUAAGUCAUAGUCCCAGCAAGAUACAAACACUACAUUGUUACCCUUCCCUUUUUAGACACUACCCUUUAGGAGAGAGUAAGUCAUAGUCUUAGCAAGUUAACACUACAUUGUUAACCUUCCCUAAGCUAGAGGACAUCUCUCUGAAGCAGACAUUAAACAAUGAUUGGAUGAGGUUUUUGUGAUACUCAGAAUAAUCAAGGUCGAGGGAAGUAUUUUCAGCCGAGUGGAAGGCCAAGGUUGAUAACACUUACUGGGACCUGGAUUAUUCCGGAUAUCACGAAAACCGAAUCUAAUGAUAAUAUUGUUUUAUUACACAUUGUUUUAAAAUACAUAAUAAUAAUAAUAAUCCUUUUAUAUAGCGCCUUUUCUACAAGAUUCAAAGGCGCUGUUUACAAAAAUUAGAUAAAACUAAAAAGUAAAAAUAAUCACAAGAAAUUGACAUUAAAACUAGACGCUAAUUACAAAAUAGAUAAAUGUACACAAUAGAUAAAAAUCAGAUAACAAAUAAAAACAUCACGAUUCAUAAGCUCGCAUAAAAAGAAAUGUUAAUAAAUACAUAAUAACAAUACACCGUCGCACAGAACUGAUUGGACAUUGCUCUUGGAAAUCAUGUAAUGCGCGCGCAACCUAAUAUAUAACUAACCUGUAGGUUGCACUAAUUUCCAAAAUUAACUCUAGGAUUUAAGCCAAUUAGAAGAUAGAUGAUGAGUACGAUGUAUAAUAAUUAGGCAUAGUCCCAGCAACUCUAAUUUUUAGAUUCCACAACCGCCCAAUUUUGAUUGUUCUGAUUUUGUUUCGUGAUUUUGGAGUUAUUUAGCUGAAUAAAUAAAACUAAAAUUUACAUGUAAUUGGAAAGGUCAUUCGCAUUUUUCUGUUUGAUUUGACUGUUAGAUAUUCACUCAUAGACAGUAUUAAGCGGGUGUAGGUUGAGUGUUAUUUCACUGUAUUUAAUUAGGAAAUGUCGUCAUCUUCAAAAUAGAUUUAUCCUUCCAUCAUCUUCUUGAACUGAAUAACUGUACUUGAAUAACUGUACUUGUUUCUCAGGUAUGAUAUAUAUUGAUAUUUGCAUCAGAUCUCUAUGGGUCCAAUGUUAUUACAGAUGGGACCUUUAAUGCACUUGUGCCUUCAAACAUGAGUUCAAUUUUUCGAGGCUGAUUUUCUGUCCUUCCUCGUUGAAUUCUAUAACGACCGUCAGGAGAUUGAAAAUUUAAUUUCUCUUCCUAAAAUGCAUAACUGCCAAAGUAGUAAGGAAAUGGAACUACUCAAGCCAUCUUUUGGUCUAUUUCUAGUAGACGAAUAUUGUAUUGUUAAUCUGAUGAACGCCAUUCUUGGUGUUCUAAAGGUCCUCUCCUUGGGUUAUCCUGGUGUUGGAAAAAGGUCUAUGUUGUCGUAGAUCACAGAUAUGAUUAUCUUCUUCUGUCAAACGUUUUCAUAGAAUUCUCAGAAAAUAGCUGACACCGCAUUUUUAAAACGUUACUGUUAUUUCCAAUGUACUUCAACAGUUCAGAAUCAAGAUAUGAUAUAUCUUUAGUUACUGGGAAAAAAACUUGUUGAGAGUGGGUCAUUCAGUGUGAUCGUGAUGUCGAGAACAUUUAACUAUGGGAAUUUACAGGGUCUUUUUCACGGAUGUUUAGUGCAAUUUGUUAGUUUUGACAGCGUAUGGCUACGAAAGUGAACGCUAGAAGAGAUUACUCGGAAAUGACAAACUUACAGCUUGAUAACAAUUUCUCUGCGUUGAUAUUAUUGUAAUUCCAAGUUCCAGACAUCAGAGAUAAACUAACAGACUUAACACGAAAUGCAAUCUCCAAUUAUUGUUUUAUUUUUGUAUUUUAUUAGUAUUGAUUAUUUUUUUGGCUUCUUUCGUUUUUGCUAUGCCAUUAAAAUAUUAAGCUUUUAGCUGCUGGUUUUAUAGUUUCAGUCAGUUUGAUAGUCAGUUUGAUUGGUGAAAUUGCGUGUCAUAGCUAUUUCCAAAGUCGUUGAUGCGUUGCUAUGGUAACAUUAUUACCAAUCGAUCCUUUUACUACUCAAUCAAAAGUGAAUAAGUUCUUGUUCGACUUUAGACCGUAAGUAUUUUUUCUAUAACCUGUUUACAUAGCUGAAGAAAUGAGGAUAAUAAAUGUAAGUGGGAUGAUGCGGAAUACCUUGGUACUAAAUCAGCAAUUAGUAUCCUCGGAAUCUUUCAGACAUCUUCGGUGAAGUUUAUCGGACACGUUCGUGUUUCUUUCGAAGAAUUUUAAAACGAGUGAUUUUGAACAGAUAGAACAGAUAAAGAACGUGAAUUUUUUUCGUAUAUACCUCUUUUAUUUUCUCUCGUUUUUUUCUUUUGAAGCUUAAGAUACUAGAGCUAGAAGAGGUAGUUCCGUUUGUUUACGUAUUUGGGGAAUCGCGCGUUGUUUUUCUUAGCAUUAUACAUUCACAUUUUAAAAUAUGAUCAAAUUUAUACAAAGCAAUUGUCUUGACAAAAAUCUCAAUCACCAAGUAUAUUCAUGUUUUUAAUUCAGUGAUUCAUCCUUCAGCCCGUUUUCUGUAAAAAUAGAACGAAGGUUGUAAUUAGGAAUGUCAAGUCAGUGCUGUCGUUCUAUGAAAUGUUUUCCUUCUUGAUCAACACUCCAACUCUCAAGUGGUAAAACUCGUGCAUUUUUUAUGGAAAUAGCCUUUAAGGUUGUUGAAGAUGCUAAUGUUUUCUUUUUUUUUUUUUCAACAGAACAAUUGCCGCUGCUGGUUGGAUCACGUCUCAAUUUGGAAACUGAAGAAAGAGGUACCACAGUAAAGGUAGAGAACAGAUUGUAA